AUGCCAGCUGUCAACACCUCCAGCCUCCAUCCAGCAGUGUUCAUUUUGAUGGGAUUUCCUGGGAUCGAGCACCUGCAGCACUGGCUGUCUGUCCCUUUCACUGUCCUCUACAUCACUGCUCUCGCAGCUAACAGCAUCCUAAUACUAGUGAUCAGACUAGAGAAGAGUCUGCACUCUCCCAUGUACCUUUUCCUUUGCAUGCUGGCAAUGGUGGACAUUGGUUUAUGCACAAGUACUUUACCAAAAGUGCUGGAAGUGCUUUGGCUCGACAACAAGGACAUUUCAUUUGAAGGCUGUUUUAUUCAGAUGUUCUUCAUUUAUAUUUUUGCAGCACUGGAAUCCUCAGUUCUAGUGAUGAUGGCUUAUGACCGAUACAUUGCCAUUUACAACCCUUUACGCUACACAGCAAUACUGUCACAGACUCGGAUAGCAAAAAUGUUAGUUGCAUUUUUAAUCAGAGACAUAAUUUUACCUGGACUGAUACCUACAUUAGCAUCCAGAUUGCCUUAUUGUUCUUCUAAUAUUAUCCCCCAUUGCUACUGUGAUCACAUGGCUGUUGUGAAACUGGCCUGUGCUAAUAUAAUAAUGAACAGUUAUUAUGGACUGUCAGUGGCAUUUUCUAUAGCAGGCUUUGAUUUUGUACUGAUUAUCUUUUCUUACAUAAUGAUAUUCAGAGCAGUGCUAAAACUUGGAUCAAAAGGAGCUCGUUUGAAAGCUCUAAAUACCUGUGGUUCUCACUUGGUUGUUAUCAUGUACUUCUACAUUACAUCAAUAUUCAAUUAUGUGGUUUACAGGUUUGGAAACGAAAUUCCUGUUCAUGUUCACAAUAUUUUUUCAGUUUUGUGUCUUCUUAUUCCUCCAGUGUUAAACCCUAUUGUCUAUGCAGUUCGGACAAGAGAAAUUCGUCAAGCAUUCCAGAAGCACUUCUUAAAGAGGACAGUUAUUUUACAACAAUUAAGCCUAAAAUGA